GCUCCGUGAAUAUACUGAGUCAUUGAUUGUACACUUUAACUAGGUUAACUUAUGGUGUAAAAACUAUCUCAACAAAGCUGUUUUUAAAACCCCUGCCUGCCCAGAGCUUUAGGUAGCAGAAGGGAGGGAGAGAAAAAUCAUAUAAAUAAUGGGUGUAGCAUAUUAGAUGGUGAUUAGCACGCGCUGGGCACGCAGUGAGUGUUGACUCAGUGACCCCAGCUGCCCUCUGUCCUCAUGGUCUCCUCACCUAAACUCCCCCUGCCUGGCCCCCGCCCCCCCCCCCCAUUGUCUGUCUUCUCUUCCCAGCGGCAGGGCCUGCUGUCUGCAUCUCUUCUCUUCCCUGAGCAUGGCGCGCCCCAAAAAGCCUAGCAUGCUUGAUCUGGGCCUGGGCACCUGGAGCCCUGGCAGUCAGGAGGAGAGCCGCAAGGCUCCGGCACCUUCCAGGGGCAAGCAGCUGCCGGAGUACAAGGCCGUGGUGGUGGGCGCCAGUGGAGUGGGCAAGAGCGCCCUGACCAUCCAGCUGAACCACCAGUGCUUCGUGGAAGACCACGACCCCACGAUCCAGGAUUCCUACUGGAAGGAGGUGACCCUGGACCACGGCGGCUACAUCCUGAAUGUGCUGGAUACGGCCGGCCAGCCCACCCACAAGGCCCUGCGAGACCAGUGCCUGGCCGCGGGGGAUGGCGUGUUGGGUGUCUUCGCCCUGGAUGACCCGGCGUCCCUAACGCAGCUGCAGCAGAUGCGGGCCACCUGGGGCCCUCACUACACCCGGCCCCUCGUCCUCGUGGGCAACAAGUGCGACCUGGUGAGCGCCGCUGGAGAGGCCCACGCCGCCGCUGUGGCCCUGGCCAAGAGCUGGGGGGCGCCCUUCGUGGAGACCUCGGCCAAAACCAGACAGGGCGUGGAGGAGGCCUUCGCCCUGCUCGUCCACGAGAUCCAGAAGGUGCAGGAGGCCAUGGCCAAGGAGCCUGAGAGUAAGUCCCGCCACCAGAAGACCAUGUGCCACUGCGGCUGCUCCGUGGCCUGAAGGUCUCGGUCAGAAACAUGGACCGUCCCCCGGGCCAGGGGGAUGCCUCCUUGUGUGAGAACCCCAGGCCUAGCUGGGUGGGACACCGGGUGUGUUUAGGGUAGCUGGACCCCUCUUCCG